AUGUCCAACAGAGACCAAGAAAAGGUGACUGUUGUCAAAGACAAAAGAGAGACGUGGGGCCAUCGAGUGGAUGGCAUCGUCGCGUUGUUGGGAUACAGUGUAGGGGAGGGAACUCUGCUCAAGUUCCCUUAUCUUUGUGCAAGGAAUGGCGGAGGAGCCUUCCUGAUUCCCUACCUGGUGUUUGUGGGUCUCUGUUCUCUCCCGCUAUACUUCCUGGAGGUCGUCAUCGGGCAGUACUACCAGAGGGGUCCUGUUGAGGUGUGGAAAUUUUGUCCAGCCAUGAAAGGUCUGGGUUUUGGGUCGGCGUUGGUGUCGUGGGUGUACGCCAUGUACACGUCCAUGUACUUCUCCUGGUAUCUCUACUACUUCUUCAACUCCUUCUUCAACCCCCUGCCCUGGUCCACCUGUGGCAACCCCUGGAACACGCCCAGCUGCGUGGAGUCGACGCUGUAUGGGCACCAAGGGAUGAACACCACGGUGAAUGGCAUGGUUCCACUGCGAGCUGCCAUUAACACGACACAGUCGGGUCACCUGAAUGGAUCUACUGAUGGCGUCAGUGUUGCGAGUGCCACUGAAGAAUUCUGGAGAUUUAAUGCACUGGAAAUCUCGAAUGGUCUCGACCAUGCAGGUUCCAUUCGGUGGCCAUUGUUUGGAUGUCUGGCCUUGACCUAUGUAGCCAUGUAUUUCAUGCUGCUCAGAGGAAUUCGAGUGACGGGGAAGAUUGUGUACGUGACAUUUAUGUUACCCCUCAUCCUGUGUACCGUCAUACUCAUCCGUGGGUCCUUGUUGCCAGGGGCACUAGACGGACUUCUGUACAUGAUCAAGCCGGACUUUGGAAAGCUGAAAAGCCCAACAAUGUGGAUCGAAGCCUGUGGUUACGCUCUUCAUUCCAUGGGGACCAGUAAGGGGAUUGCGAAUACAGUGUCCAGUCACAACCAGCCAAACAGCAACUGCUACAGACUGGCUCUGAUCGCCUGCAUCGUGGACCCUCUGAUCACCAUCUUCUGUGGACUGUCUAUCUUCACGGUGUUGGGGCACAUGGCUUACGUGACCGGGGUCGACAUGGACGACUUCCAGUCAUCAGGUCUGAAUCUGGCAUUCUCAGUGUUACCGGAAGCAGUGACUUAUCUCCCUUUGCCCCAGUUGUGGUCGGUGCUGGUCUUUGUGAUGAUGAUGACGUUGGGCCUUGAUACAACGAUGCCGAGUUUGGAGAUACUGUCGGAGACACUUUCUGACCAGUUCCCUAAGCUGACCAGACACCGGUGGCUGCUUCUCCUUCUCGUCUUUAUUCCCUCUUUCCUUCUGACUCUCCCGUACACUACACAGGGUGGUAUCUACCUGUUGACCCUCGUAGACUGGUACUCCGCUGUCCCUCCCGUGAUGUUGUUUGGGGUGGUGGAGUGUCUGGUACUGGCCUGGGUGGUUGGUGUGAUCAGACUUGACAUGUGCACAGUGGAGAUGUAUGGUAAAACUAUUCCCAGGUGGUUGACGUUCCUCAUAAAGUACAUCACUCCUGGCCUGCUUAUGGUGGAAGAGUGA